GGAGGCAUGGCAACCACCAUCGAGUCACCUCAGCUGCUUGUGUUUCUUUUGUGUUUCCCCUCCUUCACCUUCAUUGUGGUUCUCGGCCAAGGGGAGGUGCCCGCAGCACUUGUUUCUCUGAGCAACGUGACUGAUCAAUUCACAUUGCUGUCUUUCAAAUCUCUCGUCACUAAAGACCCUUAUAAUGUGUUAUCAAAUUGGAAUUCCAACAUCUCCUUCUGCGACUGGACUGGAGUUUCAUGCAGUCGUGAUUCACACAGGGUCGUUGCUCUGAACCUCUCUGGAAAGGCACUCGAAGGUACUAUCUCCCCAUACAUCAGCAAUCUCUCCUUCUUACAGGUUCUUGAUCUCUCGAACGACAGUUUCCAUGGUCACCUUCUCAUGGAUUUUAGUCGUCUCCCUCUGUUAGAAAAUCUUUCUAUAAGAAAAAACAAUUUUGAGGGGUUGAUCCCACAAACACUGAGCCAUUGUCGAUGUCUCCAAAUACUGUCAGCACGAGAUAACCAAUUCUAUGGAAGCAUCCCAAAGUCUCUAGGCAGUUUGUCAGAACUCAAGGACUUAAAAAUUCGUGGUAAUAGGCUCACCGGCACCAUUCCAGUUGCUUUGGCUAAUCUCACAAAACUGAAGUGGUUUAGUAUCGCUGACAAUCAGAUACAGGGGACCAUUCCUCCUGAGUUGGGAAGCCUAACCCACUUGAUGGCCUUUAGCGUGCAACUGAAUAAUCUCACUGGUACACUGCCUGAGAGCUUGUUUAACCUAUCCGCUCUUCAGGUUUUGAGUUUCGCGACCAAUCAACUAGUAGGGCAUCUCCCAAAAGAUGCUGGCCGCUUCCUGCCCAAUCUCCAAGGACUCUAUAUGGGUACAAACUAUUUUGAUGGCUCUCUCCCGGCUUCUCUUUCUAAUGCUACAAUACUUCAAGUUCUUACUGCAGAAAGCAAUAAAUUUAGUGGUCCGAUACCAUUAGAAUUAGGUAGUCUGUCACAACUCAGACACCUUCUCCUUUGGGGAAAUAUGUUGACCAAUGUCCCUGGCAGCCGCGAGCUCUCCAUUCUCACAUCCUUCACCAGGUGUCGGAUGCUAGAGGAAGUUUAUCUAUCAGAUAACCUUUUGAACGGCAUUCUUCCUGCCUCUGUUGGAAACCUGACAACCACAAUGUCGAAACUUGUCCUUUCCUUUAAUCAGAUUGAAGGUACUAUCCCAUUAUCCCUAGCCAACUUGACCAAAUUAAUUGCCUUAGAUUUGAGUUCCAACAAAAUAAAAUGGCUCAUUCCACCAAAUAUAGGACAGAUGCACAGCUUAGAGGUGUUGCUUAUAGACCAGAAUGCAUUAGAAGGCCCAAUCCCACUAUCAUUCUACCAGUUGGUCCGCAUGUAUACUUUUAACAUUGGACACAACAUGCUAACUGGAUCAAUUUCAAGCUCUAUAAACAAUCUCACUAGUUUGGAAAGGCUGGAUCUAAGCUCAAACAAUUUGUCAUCAACACUACCGCCUGGUCUUUGUGAGUUGAAGGACUUGUUGGAGCUAUACUUGCAGGACAACUCCUUCACUAGUCACCUGCCUUUGGGUCUCGGGAAUUUUGCCAUGAUGAUCAACAUGGAUAUCUCUGCAAACAAGCUCAGUGGAGAGUUGCCUGCAUCAUUAUCAAAGCUCCAAAUGCUAGAAUAUUUAAAUCUCUCUCAGAACACAUUUGAUGGUCACAUUCCUGAACAACUUGAUCACAUGCUAAACCUUGUCACUGUUGACCUUUCCCAUAACAAGCUUUCCGGUGAGAUACCAAAAUCAUUGGAGAAACUUCAACACAUCCAGGUCUUGGACUUAUCCUUCAAUCUAUUGGAAGGAGAGAUUCCAAGUGGUGGAAAGUUUGCAAACCUUUCUGCCGAGUCGUUCCUAGGGAACUAUGCACUAUGCGGAGCUCCCAAAUUCCAUGUCUCAUUGCGCUUAGACAAAACAGAGAGGCAAAGUAAGAGCAACGCGGCUAUAGUCUUUGAUGUUUUCGCAUUUGGAGGCUACGCAUUUUUUGUCAUUGUUUGCACACUCUGUGUUAUCUCAUGCUGUAGAAAGACGGGGUUGUCGAAAUGUCCUGAUGACAUUGAAAAGUUACGAGGAAUUACACUCCCAGUGAUUUCUUACAAAGAGCUAUUGCAUGCAACGAGCAAUUUUAGUGAUGCAAACUUACUUGGGAGUGGAAGCUUUGGUUCAGUGUACAAGGCAAUUCUAGCAGAUGGAGCGACAGUGGCUGUUAAGGUCCUUAAUUUGUCAUUUGAGGGAGCAUCUAAAAGUUUUGAUGUUGAAUGCACUAUCUUGCGCCAAAUCAGGCACCGAAACCUUGUUAAAGUCAUUACGUCUUGCUCUAAUGAAGAUUUCAAGGCUUUAGUUCUCCAAUACAUGCCACUUGGGAGCCUAGAUGUCUGUUUACAUUCAGGUGGCCAUCAUUUGAAUCUCUUUCAGAGAUUGGAUAUCAUGAUUGAUGUGGCUUGUGCUCUAGAAUAUCUUCACCAUGGUUACUUGGAGACUAUAGUUCAUUGUGAUGUAAAGCCAAGUAAUGUGCUUCUAGAUGAAAACAUGACAGCACACCUCGGUGAUUUUGGCAUUGCAAAGAUUCUAAUUGGUCUGAAUUCUUCUACUCUUACAGCGACUCUUGGAACCAGCGGAUACAUUGCACCAGAAUUUGGGAUGGCCGGAAUGGUGUCAGCCAAAGCCGAUGUAUACAGCUACGGAAUUCUCAUCCUUGAGGUGUUUACAGGAAGAAAGCCUACUGAUGAACAGUUUGAUGGGGAUUUUAGUUUGAGGCAAUGGGUGGCUGAAAGAUCAGCUGCUAUGGAUGAGCUGCUGGUGAUGAUCAUGGAGAUAGGCUUGUUAUGUUCAAGUUUGUCUCCAAAUGAGAGACUGGACAUGAAGGAGGUGGUUGUAAGGCUGAGAAGGAUACGACAGAAAGCAAGAAUGAUAGAAGGAUAAUUCAAAUAUAUCCAUAGAUGCAAUGAGAUUUAAUUCCAAGGUGCGACCAGCCAUUGGCUAAAAUAAUUGGAGGUCGAAAUGUAGCUUGAUUGCUUUCAUUGGGAAGUCUCACUUGCAUUGCUCAAUUACAGUUGCGUAUAGGAUUUAAUAAAGAUAUGCUUAAUAUGCUUGUGUGUUCUAUUCUUAAGACAUUUGAGUGACUAAUCUUGUAAAACAACUCACAUUUCCAGCGCAAGUUACAUGA